AUGGACGACCAAAUUGUUGACAAUGACAACGAUGUCGACCUUGUUCCGAGAGUUCACAUGUGCUUCGAGACACUUGAUGCAGUUAAAAAAUUUUACAGAGACUUUGCUAUUAGAACUGGAUUUGGUAUUAGAAUAAGAAGUUCAAAGAAGGGAAAGGACAACGAACUUAAAUAUGUUAAACUUGUCUGUUGUCGUGAAGGUAAUUAUGUCUCCACCAUACGUCCAGAGGUUAAGACACUACCUAGCCAGACCAAGCAAUGUCAGGCUGGAAUAUCGGUUGGUAAAAAAGAUGGGAAAUGGCACAUAAGAAGUGUUGUCAUGGAGCACAGCCACAAUAUUAGUCCUAUUGAAUCAAGGCUGAUAUCAGGAAAUCAAAAAGUUAAUAUUCAUGCUAGGCAAACAGUUGACAUAAACGACGAAGCCGGGGUCCGCAUCAACAAGAGUUAUCGUUCACUGGUGUGCGAAGCUGGAGGAUAUGAAGCUCAUAAAAGAAGGCAAUUAUGCAAGGAUGGGGAUGGACAAGCUUUGCUUCGACACUUUUCCCACAUGCGUGAAGUCAACAAUGAUUUCUUCUUUGAAAUUGACAUGGACGAAGACAAUAGAAUAUCAAAUGUUUUUUGGGCGGAUUCAAGGAGCCGAGCGGCAUGCGAGUAUUUUGGUGAUGUUGUAUCGUUUGACACAACAUAUUUGACAAACAAGUACGACAUGCCAUUUGCACCGUUUGUUGGUGUUAAUCACCACUGGCAAUCAAUUUUAUUGGGGUGUGGUCUAGUAUCUGCAGAGGACACAUCAACAUUUGUAUGGUUGUUUAGGUGUUGGUUACGUUGCAUGUCCAACAGGGCACCUGAAGGGAUCAUCACUGACCAGUGCAAAGCUAUGCGCAAUGCAAUUCAAAUUGUUUUCCCCAACACUAAUCAUAGAUGGUGCCUUUGGCAUAUAAUGAAAAAGGUUCCAGAAAAAUUGUAG